AAAACGUAAUUGCCUUGUCAUGCCUCUCUAUCCACUCCCCUUUUAACAGCUGGAUCCCUCCUCACCCUCACAUGUCAUCCCUCUAACCCUACCCUCAACCACCGCACUGCCAUUCUCUCACGGUGGUCUCUCCCUCCUCCCCGGCCUCCGCCUCCGCCUCCGCCUCCGCUUCUCCCCUACGCAUCAAGCAGCUUGUAAGCAAGUAAACGACCUGUCUCCUUUUGGCUACUUUCGAAUUUCAGAGUUGUUUUUUUCGAUAUACCAAAUAGAAGAGGGAAUCCUUCUUUCUCAAAUCUCAGCUGUUGAAUUUCUUCCAAAGCUCUGGAAUUUUGUAUUAAAAGCUGCCAUGUUUACUGGAUUUGCUUGAUCCUAGUCGGAUUAGCAUCUCUUCCGAAGCCGGCGGCUGAAACAAAUAAUAUUUCAAGGAAACACAGUUACACACAAAUCUAACUUUCAGACUCUGCAUAUUGAGUUUUUCCCUGUAAAUUCAUGGGGGCUGGAGAAGAUAACUCACCUGCUAAGCAUUCCAAACCUGCUCCAACUCAGGAAACACCUCCACCUUCAUAUGCUGACUGGUCAAACUCAAUGCAGGCUUAUUAUGGUGCUGGAGGAACUCCACCUUUUUUUGCUUCAACUGUUGCUUCUCCAACUCCUCAUCCAUACAUGUGGGGAGGCCAGCAUCCUAUGAUGUCACCAUAUGGAACUCCAGUUCCAUAUCCAGCUUUAUAUCCACCAGCUGGAGUUUAUGCUCAUCCUAAUAUGCCUAUGACUCCAACUACUGCUCCACCAAACACAGAAAUGGAAGCAAAGGCGUAUGAAGGAAAAGAAAGGUCAACUACUACUAAUAAAAAGUCAAAGGGUAUUUCUGGAAAUGGAAAUGUUGGUGUUAGAACUGGAGAGAGUGGAAAAGCAGCAUCAAGUUCAGGGAAUGAUGGAGGCGCCACCCAAAGUGCUGAUAGUGGAAGCGAUGGUUCUUCAGAUGGAAGUGAUGAAAAUGACCAAAAUGAAUUUUCUGGAGGCAAGAAAGGAAGCUUCAAUCAGAUGCUUGCAGAUGCAAAUGCACAGAAUAACAAUAUACAGACACCGGUUCCCGGGAAUCCUGUAGCUUCAAUUCCAGGCACCAAUCUAAACAUGGGAAUGGAUUUGUGGAAUCCGGCCGCCGGAAACACCGCCAUCAAAAUGCGACCCGGUGUGUCUCGUGGGGUGGUGCCGCCUCCCAUGAUGCCUGAUCAGUGGGUUCAGCAGGACGAGCGUGAACUGAAGAGACAAAAGAGGAAGCAGUCUAACCGUGAGUCAGCCAGGAGAUCAAGAUUGCGCAAACAGGCGGAAUGCGAAGAGUUACAGACGAGAGUCGAGGCGCUGACCAGUGAAAAUCAUACACUAAGAGAUGAGCUUCAGAGGCUCUCUGAAGAAUGUCAGAAGCUUACUUCUGAAAAUAAUUCCAUAAAGGAUGAGUUGACCAGGUUUUGUGGACCAGAGGCAGUGUCGAAGCUUGAUGAAGGAAACAGUUGAGAAAGAGAGAGAUAUAGCGAAAAAAAAAGUUAGUGAUUAAAGUUAUAAAAUUAGGACUAAAUCUUUUCAACUGACGUGAGAGAGACUAAUAUGUUGUGUUUUUUCUACUUUUCUUCAUAUACAUGUAACUGUAAGUUGUAAUUUUUUUUAAAAAAUUUAUAAGUUACUGUUUUAUAUCGUUCAUUCAUACUUCAAACAGACGUAGAAAGCUUGAUGUACAAGUGUUAUGUGGUUGAAUGUUGUAAUGGAACAGAUGGGGUUUAAUUUCA